AUGGACUGUGAGUUCGAUAAUCUCAUGAGCGACAAGGAAAUCGUUUCCUUGAGUAAUCAAAUCACCAGAUGUUACUCCGCCAUGCGACAUUCCACUCAUGAGGUCAAACUUAGAGUAUCGUCAUUCAACAAACGCUUGAGGGAACGCUUUGAAAAUACUCUUCCUGACUAUACAAAAUGGAAAAACAUCUGUUUUGAAGGAAAUGAGACUUUAGAUGAGCUUCUUCCAUCCGACUCGCCCCAACGCUCGAGAGUGAUUUAUCUUACUGCUGAUACUGACAAUGAGCUUGAAGAGUUGAAAGAUGGAGAUACAUACAUUAUUGGGGGAAUUGUUGAUAAGAAUAGGCACAAAAACCUUUGCCUUGAGAAAGCAAACAAACUUGGAAUUAGUGUGGCACGAUUGCCUAUAGGCAAAUUCAUCAAGAUGAAUGGAAGACAAGUCUUGGCUACCUCGCAUGUAUAUGAGAUCAUGUGUAUGUGGUUUGAACAAUCACAAGACUGGGAAAAAGCUUUUAACGUCGUUCUCCCACCACGAAAGAUCAAUAGUGGCGCGUGCGAGAGUGUGAGUAAGGAAGAUGGGAAUCACGCAGAACAAUGCACCGAAUCAAAGCAAGAGGCGCUGCCAGAAGGUGAAACUUAG